GGCGCUUCUGCUUCUCUCUUUAGCUCCACCGCCUCUACCGCCUCUGGCCCACCAUUGUAGUCCAACAGACGUCUUACGCCCUCUAUAGCUAUUUGGCUGCAAACGCAGCUGCUCUCAAGGGACAAGUCUCGCGCAUCGUCCGCAGCGAGGACAAGGGCGCACCUUACUCCCCGUCCUCGGGGGACAGCGAAAUGGACAUCAAUCACGAGAAGGCGGCGGCGACGGCGGACCAGCCCGUCGCCGAGUCGUCGUCAGCACCACAUAGAGUAGCCACGCCCCCAGCAAAGACGACGCCUCCUCGUCGCUCUUCUGCCACUCGAGUCAACAACAGCAAUGAGGCAACCUCACUAUCCUCUCAGCCAUCCGCACCCGCACCCGCUGUGCCGCUGUCGGCAACGGCGUCCUCAUGUACAAGCGCUAGCGUAGCAUCUGCCGCUCAGGUGCAGCAAGUCGGCCAGAGGCAAGGGAUGCGAUCAAGGUCAAGGACGACACGCAAAGCCUCUAAUGCAUCCAGUACAAAUCCGCCCCCGAAUCUUCCCCGACACAAUAGCGAAGACCACCCGCUCUCGGCUCACAAGCUGGCAGCAAAGGGCUACCAUUCCUUUAGCUGUUUAGGUGUUCCUUUCCACGUACCCAAGCGCUACACCUUCCUACGCGAGCUGGGCAUCGGUGCAUACGGAUGCGUUGCACUAGCUCGAGAUGAAGAGCUCGAUACCAACGUAGCCAUCAAGAAGGUCACGCGCGUCUUUGAGCGAGACGUGCUCGCGAGGAGGGCGCUGCGCGAGGUGGCAGUGCUCAGACAUAUGCUCAAGAAUCAGAACUGCACGGCCCUCAUCGACUUUGAUACCACAUUCAUCGACUUUUCCGAAAUCUACCUCGUCCUCUCAGCGAGCGAGGCCGACCUCAGCCAGAUCAUCCGCUCUGGUCAGGCCCUCUCCGAUGCCCACUUGCAGUACUUUGCAGCCCAGCUGCUACGAGGAGUACGCCACAUGCACGCAGCCAACAUCAUUCAUCGCGACCUCAAGCCGGGCAACCUCCUCGUCAACGCCGACUGCGCUCUGUUCAUCUGUGACUUUGGUCUAGCGAGGGCCUUUGCUGGUCCCGCGACCGAAGAAGAAGAAUCAAGCAAAGUGGCAGAUGCGCCGCAGGUCGACGGGCCGUCAUCCUCAUCUGCGACCUCAAUCCCUCCGAAGACGCUGCCGCCAAUCCGCACUUCCCGCCUCGACUUCCCCGGCGGCCCGCUCACCGAGUACGUUUCCACGCGCUGGUAUCGCGCUCCCGAGAUCAUGCUAGGGUUCCGCGAGGGCUACGGCACAGAGAUCGACAUGUGGUCCGUCGGGUGUAUUCUCGCGGAGCUGGCGUCUGGCAAGCCCUUGUUCGACGGCAAAGACUACGUCGACCAGAUUGCGCGCAUCCACAGCGUGCUUGGCCCACCUUCGCAGUCGGUCAUCGACCGCAUCAGCUCAGAGCGUGCUCGCGUCUACGUCGAGUCUCUGCCGAAGCAAGCACCGGUCCCGCUCAGCAAGAUCCUCAAGCGUGCCUCGCCUGGUCUGCUCGACUUGCUCGACAAGCUUUUAGCCUGGGACCCUCGCGAGAGGCUCAGCGCCGCCGAUGCGCUCAAGCACCCUUGGCUCUCUGCGUAUCACGGCAUUAUCGAGCAAUGGGAGCGGCCCGAGCCUUUCAGCAAGUUUGCAGAGGUGGAGCUGAUCAAUUCGCUGCAGGAGUUCAAGGGCGCGCUUCAAAAAGAGGCGGACGAGGUCAAGGGCGAGUAUGAAGCCUUGUUCGGAGAGAGUGGAGAAGAUGGGGAUGAGAGUACAGCCGACUCUGCUGCUACGGCUGACGGAGAUGCGGAUGGGGAGGAGGAAGGAGAGGGGCCCGAUAACGACGUCGGGUCGUCGCGCAGACACAGCUUCGAUGACUCGUCGGUGGGCAGUCGCGCGUUCGCGAGUACUGCUAGUCAGGACUACCAAAGUGCAAAGACCACUCCAUCCAAGUCGAACGGCUCCAACGCGGGCGGUGGUAUGGAUUCUCUUCGGCCUGGUCUACCCUCCGAAGCAUCCUCCGGCUCCUCGUCGGGUGGGUCAAGCUCAGACCUCUCCCGCGUCAAGCGCAAUAGCCAUGGACUUGGCGCUCUCUCUUCGCCCGAUCCUUACAGCACAGACACGGGCACGGCCCCCUCCCCCAUCACCCCCUCUGGAGAGUCGGCCUUGGGCGAGCACAUGGGAGGCAGGGCCUUUCCUUCUGGCCCAACCAAGUCCAGCAUCGCUAUGACGCCUGCGGGGGGCACGCCUAAUCAGGAGACGCCCAGCUCAGUCGCGGCUGACGACACAGUGGUAGCUAGCAGUGCCCCUCCCGCCACUACGCAGGCAGUGCGCGGCCCUCGUCAGACGCUCAACAGCAUCUCUGUAGGCGGUGGACCAGAUGACCCGGCAGCUCAGCAACCACGCUACCGUCGUCGUGCGAUCAGCAACGCCCCUCGCCCGCAAGAAGGUGAAGAACGUCAGGCCAGCAAGGAUCGCGUUGGUAUGCCCCCGCGCACUCCCUCUGUGGAGAAUGCUCCCACACGCUCCGCCUCCCUUCGCCUGCUACCCGACUCUGCUCGUCACAAGCCCCGAGGAAGCGUCGACAGCACGACGAGCAGCGCGGUGCAACAUCUCGACCUGGAGGGCGUAGCGAGCCAGUUCCCUCCAGAUCGCGACGACGUCGUCCUCACGCCGCAGAAGCCUAGCCCGGACUUCCGACGCUACACGACCGACCUGAUCCCGCGUCCGCGCUUCGAGCAGGGAGCCUUUGGGUCACCAGCGCUGGAUGCCGGGGACGAUUUUGCUAAGCAGUUGAGGAGGAGGAGUAGUGGUGCGAGCAGCAAGAGCGGGACAGGGCACCACACUGAUCUGGCUGCGUUGAGGAUGGAGGCCGGUACCAAGGGCGAAGCAGUGUUGUCGUCGUCCGCCGCGGAGGUGAGGACGCCCGGAGGCAGCCGAUCGAGCUCUAGUCGCGCUUCGUCUGGGUCGACGCUCCUAGGUGGAUUGGAUGGCAAGGAGACCCCCGCAAGUGACGGCCAGGCCACUGCUCAUCAGUCCUCGGACAAGAAGGGAAGCACCACCGCUGCUCCCUCUUCACUGCUCGGCGCUCCCUCCUCGGUCAUCAACGCAGCCACGUCUGCCCUCUCGCAUCUGGUACCGGGCGUAGGCGCUGGCGGAGGGGAUGGAGACAAGGGGAAGGACGAGGAAAAGAAGUAGGCAUGUGCUUACGAGCGGUCUGUGCGGAUCUGUCGUGAUAGUUUGUCCCAUUCUUUCGUUUUACUCUACAUUUCGCUGCACUCCUCUAAUCACUCAUCAUCAUUCUGACACCUUGAUCUCACCAUCGACUUGCCUGAACGUCGUG